AUGACAGCCUCCGUGCUCCUCCACCCCCGCUGGAUCGAGCCCACCGUCAUGUUCCUCUACGACAACGGCGGCGGCCUGGUGGCCGACGAGCUCAACAAGAACAUGGAAGGGGCGGCGGCGGCCGCGGCGGCGGCGGCGGCGGCGGCGGCGGCCGGGGCCGGGGGCGGGGGCUUCCCCCACCCGGCGGCCGCGGCCGCGGGGGGCAACUUCUCGGUGGCGGCCGCCGCCGCCGCCGCCGCCGCCGCCGCGGCCAACCAGUGCCGGAACCUGAUGGCGCACCCCGCGCCCCUGGCGCCCGGCGCCGCCGCCGCCUACAGCAGCGCGCCCGGGGAGGCGCCCCCGUCGGCCGCCGCCGCCGCCGCCGCCGCUGCCGCCGCCGCCGCCGCCGCCGCCGCCGCGUCGUCCUCGGCCGGGCCCGGGCCCGCGGGCCCGGCGGGCGCCGAGGCCGCCAAGCAGUGCAGCCCCUGCUCGGCGGCGGCGCAGAGCUCGUCGGGGCCCGCCGCGCUGCCCUACGGCUACUUCGGCAGCGGCUACUACCCGUGCGCCCGCAUGGGCCCGCACCCCAACGCCAUCAAGUCGUGCGCGCAGCCCGCCUCGGCCGCCGCCGCCGCCUUCGCGGACAAGUACAUGGACACCGCCGGGCCCGCGGCUGAGGAGUUCAGCUCGCGCGCCAAGGAGUUCGCCUUCUACCACCAGGGCUACGCUCCCGGGCCUUACCACCACCACCAGCCGGUGCCCGGCUACCUGGAUAUGCCAGUGGUGCCGGGCCUCGCGGGUCCCGGCGAGUCGCGCCACGAGCCCCUGGGUCUGCCCAUGGAAAGCUACCAGCCCUGGGCGCUGCCCAACGGUUGGAACGGCCAAAUGUACUGCCCCAAAGAGCAGACGCAGCCUCCCCACCUCUGGAAGUCCACUCUGCCCGACGUGGUCUCUCAUCCCUCAGACGCCAGCUCCUACAGACGGGGCAGAAAGAAGCGCGUCCCUUACACCAAGGUGCAAUUAAAAGAACUCGAGCGGGAAUACGCUACAAACAAAUUCAUUACCAAGGACAAACGGAGGCGGAUAUCAGCCACCACUAACCUUUCCGAGCGGCAGGUUACAAUCUGGUUCCAGAACCGAAGGGUCAAAGAGAAAAAAGUCAUCAACAAACUGAAGACUACUAGUUAA